CCAAAUUUAAGAUCCGAUUAGCACCCGUGGGUUAAAUAUAGCAGCCGGCCGUCUCUGCGAGUGUUACAAAAUAAACUUUCGAUUACAAACCAAAGCUCAUCAAACUAUAGCUCUAAUCUAUCGUCCAAUGUUCGAUUUAAUGGAGAGCCUGUAGAAACUGUCCACGCACGCCCUUUAUCAACAAAUUUUGACAAAACGAACAGCGUCGGUGCGUGGCGUCAGCGGAUGUGAAAAAAGGAGUCCAGACACGAGCGUCUAUAUUUUUGAUCGACACUCGUCGCCUUGCGCAUUUGUCAGUAUAACAGCGAAGGCGCGAAAACCGUUUCCGAAGCAUAUCAGUUAAUGCGAUUUGUUCGACCAUUUGGAAAAGACAACGUCGCGUAAGGAAGUAGCUGUCCCAGCUUAAGAAAUGACGUCCGGGCUACGUUGCAAAAAUGUUCUCACUUCACAAAGAUCGCCGUUGUUGGAAAAGUGUCUUUCCACGUCGAGUAGUUGGCUCGCUAGCUCGCUGGUAACUAUUUCAGACCAAUCAAUCAAUGAUUUGAUGUCACCCAGGUUGGGAGUAAACAGUUCAGCAGCCAGCGAGGAGUUAGUGACCAUCAAUUUAACGCUGUCCAGUCAAACCAUGGUAGAAUCUUCUUUUCUUUAUCCGGAUGGUGGAGGAAUUAGAAAAGCAAUUACGAACAUCUCAUCUUUGGAGGUUCCAUCCAACAGAACUCUCAUCAACUACCUCGAAUCCGAAGAUUUCUUCUACUUUCUCUUCUUCCUUAUUAAGUACAUCGGAGUCCCCUGUUUCUUGAUGCAUGUCAUUUGCUGCCUCUGGGAGAUCCGGUGUGUCCGGAUGAAAGAUCACAGUUGUCCUCUUCCGCUUCCACGGGGCAAUAUGGGGUUUCCCCUAGUCGGAGAAAUGUUUCAUCUCUUUGUGGUGGGAGCAAAAUACCAACGACAACGAAGGAGCAAGUAUGGAAAGAUCUAUAGAACCCACAUGUUUGGCAGCCCAUCAGUUGCUGUGAUCGGAGAGGAGCAUGUUAAAAAAAUUGUCCUCGGAGAAGGUACCUUGGUACAGACAAGAUGGCCAAGCACAACGAGACGCAUUCUGGGCACUGACGGCAUCGUAAACGGUGAUCUCGCCACACAUUGCCGUAUCAAGCGACUUGCCCUAAAAGCGUUUUCGCCAAAAUAUAUCGGCACUUACGCCCCGGUAAUUCAGGCAGGAGUGGCCGCACACGUAAAGGAAUGGGUGGAUCAAGGUACGGUUCAUAUUCUUGAGAAAUGUAAGCAAGCGGUCUCAAAAACGAUGAUGACUGUUCUCCUUGGGAUCAAAUCUAAUGAUCCGGACAUUCAGCUUUACAUCCAGGCAGCGGAUGACAUCAUUAACAGCAUCCUCAGUCUUCCAUUGGAUCUUCCUGGAUUCGGGUUUCACAAGGGGUUGAAAGCUCGGGAGUUAAUUUUUAACAAACUCGAAUCGCAGCUUAAGUCUAAAUUCAACGCAACAGACGACGAGCUCUUUGGUGACAGUGGUGGCGAGUUUGAGAGCGUGCUACUUAACAUUCUAAAAUUUGCUCGCCGCGAGGGGGAGACAGAGAUCAAGCUUUGUAAUCUCCAAAACUUGUCGCUUGAGUUCAUCUUCGCAGGAACACAGAGUCUCCAAUGCUCAUGCUCUCUGGUAACUUUCCACUUGAGUCAAAACCCACAGGUCGUUAAGCAAUGCAGAGAGGAAAUAAAAGCGGCCGGCUUAUGGGACACCCCCUUAACUGAGAUUAACGUCGAGCGAAUUCAGUCUCUUCGUUUUAUUGAGUUGGUUGCCAAGGAGACGUUACGCGUCACACCUACUAUACCGGGAGCUGUGCGUGUGGCUUUAAAAACUUUUGAGCUUGGUGGCUACCAGAUCCCCAAAGGUUGGCAGAUUAUAUACAGCAUUCGGUUAACGCACGAAGAAGCCGCAGGAAAGGUUUUGCAAAAUGGCUCCAAGUGCGAGUUCGAACCCGGGGAGCAUUUUACUUCCACCUGCAAGAACACGGACGUUAAAAAGUCUGGUGAGGACAAGUCACACGAAUGCUUGAAACAGCAGAGCCCUUUCGCUUUCUUGCCGUUCGGAAAAGGUCCACGGAUGUGCGCUGGUAAAAACUAUGGUAUGCUGUUCCUGAAAGUUCUUAUAUUCGAGCUAGUCCGUACAGCUGACAUCAGUCUAGAAGGAAAAUGCAAAAUAAUCGAAGUUCCGAUGACACGUACUGACAAAUCCGUGAAAAUUAAAUUCACUUCCAUCAAAAAGUUGAAACCGGAGAACUCUGUUAAUGAUGCCUCAUCUAGUACUGCCGUUUAAUGAAUGACAAGAAGUUGCGAUAUUGAUUCAUAUCGAAUCUAUAAUGUUUACUUUGCCAUCUUGUGAUUCGUUGUUCGCAAUGUACUUGCCUUAUUUAAUUUCCUAUACUGCGCUUUUCCAUAAUUCUGCCUGCUGGCACCACUAACGACUUACUACUAAUAGUUAUACAGUACUAAUAUAAAGACAAACGAACAACCG